AGGGCGGCCAAUGGCGGGCGGCCGGGGUUUAAAGGGGUAUUUAAGGCGCGGCGGUUUGAAUUCAAACAGCUGCAGAGGCCCUGAGGCGGCGGGUCCCGGCCAGAGCCGUCCGUGCCGCUCCCGCUCUGGCGCUAUGGACAGGAACAUGAAGGAGAACCACGCCGCGUACCCCGGCCGCGCUGCCAAGGUUGCCAAUCCCAUCGGGGAUGCCCCCAAACGUGUCCCCGUGUCCCAGCAUCCAGCCCAGAGCCGGUUACUGACCAGCGGAGCUCCAGCACGUGUUCUGUGUCCCGCAAACUUCGCCCAGCGAGUCCCUGCGCAAUCCCAAAAACCCGUACAAAAACUCUGCAACAACCAAACAACGCAGCAGCUCCGCCCCAAGCUGACCCAGCAGGCCACUGUGAGAGCUCAGGCUGCGAGCAAGAGCGGUGAAAAACCUCCCCAGGCUGCAGCACCUGCUAAAAACCCUGAGACAGAAAGCACCUCUAAACAGAACACUGAAGAGACCAAAAAGAAAACUGAAGAGACUAAAAAAAGGCAAUGGUCUCUUGAUGACUUUGAAAUCGGUCGUCCUCUGGGGAAAGGAAAAUUUGGGAAUGUGUACCUGGCACGUGAAAAACAGAGCAAAUUUAUUCUUGCACUGAAAGUGCUCUUCAAAACACAACUUGAGGAAGCUGGUGUGGAACAUCAACUACGAAGGGAAGUGGAAAUACAGUCUCAUCUUAGGCACCCCAACAUUCUCAGAUUAUAUGGCUACUUCCACGAUGUGACAAGAGUCUACCUGAUCCUGGAGCAUGCACCUCGUGGAGAAGUCUACAGGGAACUUCAGAGGCUCACCAAGUUUGAUGAGCAAAGAACUGCUACUUACAUCACAGAACUUGCAGAUGCCCUCUCGUACUGUCACUCCAAGCGUGUGAUCCACAGAGACAUCAAGCCAGAGAACUUGCUGCUUGGAUCCAACGGAGAGUUAAAAAUCGCUGACUUUGGGUGGUCUGUGCAUGCUCCAUCCUCUAGGAGAACAACUCUCUGUGGGACACUUGACUACCUGCCUCCCGAAAUGAUUGAGGGAAGAACACAUGAUGAAAAAGUGGAUAUUUGGAGCCUAGGAGUUCUGUGCUAUGAAUUCCUUGUCGGGAAACCACCUUUCGAAACACAAACCUAUCAAGAAACCUACAGAGCUAUUUCCAGGGUGGAAUUCAAGUUUCCGCCAUUUGUAACAGAAGGCGCAAGGGAUUUAAUUUCCAAGCUCCUGAAGCAUAACCCCUUCCAUCGCCUGCCCCUGAAGGAUGUACUUCUCCAUCCCUGGAUCACAGCAAACUCUACCAAGAUUCCCACCAGCAGGAAGAGUGAUGGUGCUGCCCCCUCCACAACAUAGUUUUAGGAGGAGGGUGACUUGUGAGAUCAACAAGAAGAGCCUUGUACUGUGACUACUGUAAUGCUUACAAUAAGGAAAAGCAGGUCUUGGAAUCUAGUGGCAAUUGGGAUGCAAAUCCUUGGGUUGGCUGGUGUCCUAAACUCGAAUCGCAGCGUAAAAUUAUUUGACUUCUAGCUGGAGCUUGUGGGAUAUAUAAUGUACUUGAAAUCAGUUCCACGUGGGCCAGGUUUGCUGAGGUCAGUAUGAAGCUGUUGGGGACUCUUGUGCUGAAAAUGGUUCGUUGUUCCACCACAAGGAAGUUUUUGUUCUGGCUUAUGGAACAGUGCAAUAUCCUGGAGAUGCCUGCUCCUCCCUCCCUGGGCUGCUCAGGGUGUUCUACCUGUGGUGUAACCUGGCACUGAGCGAGGUGAAUGCCUUUUUCAAGUGUUCUAAAAAUGAUGUGGCAAUUAGUUUUGUCUCUAGUUUUAAAUGUGAGCACUCGAUUUGUAAAAUAAAGAGUUGUUAUACUGCACCCAGCAGGGUGAGGUUCCUUGUGGCACAGCUGAACUCCUGGUCCUGGAGGUGAAUUCCCAAAGUAUAAUUCCCACUUCUGUCACAAAGGAAGCUCAGAGUGCUGGUACCACACCUUCAUUCACCAUCCCACAAUCCCAAAUUCGGAUUACAAGGUAAAUACCAAAUGUGUUACUACUUACCUGCUUGGUUUAUUGAGAGCUUGGCCUGCUCUGUCCUUUUUCCAAUGAAUUUAUUCCAUGUUCUCCCAUC